GAAAAUUGUUGACUUACUUAGAGAACAUGGAAGGCAACACUUUCAUCAAACGUCUAACUUCAUACACAUUUCUCUCAUUUCAUCUUCUUAUUCUCUUCACCCUUCUUUCUCUUGCUUCAGCCUGCAAUAAUAAUUCCACCUUUAAUCCUCCUUCCUAUUAUUCCAACCAAACCAGUGAUUAUAACUAUUCCCAGAACAACACAAAUCCUUCAUCAUCAUCAAACCAAAUUGUGAGUACUCACAAGAACACCAUGAACACAUACAAAUCCUUUGUUUUCACUUCCUGCAAAUCCUCCACAUACCCUUCAAUCUGCUAUCAGUACUUAUCCCAAUACGCCUCAAAGAUCAAAGCUGAUCCCUUCAUGCUUUGUAAUUCCUCUCUGUCUCUCGUUCUAAAACAGGCUAAGAAAACGUCUUCACUGAUAUCAAAGCUUAUGAGGAAGAAAAAUAUAUCAGAGACUAGUGCUACAGCAGUGUUGAAUGAUUGCCUUGAUAACGUGAGAAGUUCAAUUGAUGAGAUAAAGGAGUCUCUGGAUGGGAUGAACCAUUUGGAUGGUACUGAUAAGGAGUUUCAGAUGAGCACGAUUAAGACCUACGUGAGUGCUGCCAUUACUGAUCACGAGACUUGCUCUGAUGGGUUAGAUGAAGAGAACGUGGAUGCUUCUGUGAGGGAAAAAGUCAGAGAGAGUUUGUUGAAUGUGCAGAGGAUGACCAGUAAUGCUUUGUAUUUCAUCAACAAUCUCAAUUACUAAUUCAAAGUUCAAGCAUCAAUGGAGGAAAAGUGUGUUUUUCAGAUAUGAAUAUAAUGAAGUCAAAGUAAGAGACUGAUGCGUUUGAUGAUUUUUUUUUUUUUGGCUACAUUCUACAUGGCUCCUAAGUGUUUUUGAUUUAUGCCUCAUAACUAUCUGCAGGGCUUUUCUUGCGUUGUUUUUGUUUCAUAAGGGAUUUUCUCUAUCUGGUAUAUAAAUUAUUUAAUUUGUCUUCUGCUGUGUUAUUUCUUUUCGUUGGA